AUCCGUCAAGAGCGUGCCGCUAGUCAGUCCAGUAAAACAAGUGACACAAGUGAGCAUACUGAUCAAAGACAUCCUCCAUCCACGGGAUCGGAUCCAAGCGAUAACCACGAGCAGAACAUUCAUCAUACCGCUGAUGCCACCAACGUCCGACCCGCAAGCGUGGAUUCGGCAUCACAAACGGUAGAGACCGGUACCCGUUGCGGUCCAGUUGAUGUGAAUUUCAAUCUGAAAAAUGGCAUCACAGCUUCUGAUCUGGUUAUUUUGGAAGCGUAUGGGAUACCUUAUCAGGGCUGUGCUCAUUCCGAAGAUGCCGACUCAACGUUGCGCUCAUGUUUACCACAGCAAUCAUCGAUAUCGCUUCAUGACCUGCGUACAGCUGGGGUGAAUGGAAUAAAACCACCUCCUGGCUAUAUCGAUGAAAGGAAUGAUAAUGAGUCAAAUCUGAUAACCGCUCCAGCGUUGAGAUGGUGUGCUGCGGACCAACAGAUACAGAGGCUAGGUGCUUCUGGACAAGCUAGAAGCGAGCCGAAAAUCGAUUCUGAUCUAUGGGGCCAUCCAUCCGUGGCGGUAGCGUUGCUUGAUUCACAAAUCGCUGCGAAUGGCGGCCGUCUUUUUACAAAGAAGACCACAAACGGAGUGAUUAACAGGGUUCAUUCGAUGCCCGCUCAUUAUCACGUCAUAAACGGAUAUAGAACCAGCCCUAACGAAGAAGUUUCAAAUGGUACAGUGCUGCCCAGCGUCACACAGCCAGCUUCUCGAGGCAAAACUCGCGAUCCGCCUCCGUACGAGAGAGCUCUUGACAUUCAACGAAACGCUAACGCUCAACUCAAUCAUUUGCAUUUACAGCCUAGCGUGGUUCAGUCCAUCGGUAUGGGACCGAUGGCUGCAGAAGCUGCCGGCGGUCAACCAGCGUUCCCUCCCGCUUCGGCUACCCAUGAUUACUUCAUAGAUGAGUUUGUACUUUUGAAGGAAGGGUUGAGCACGGAACGACUUCGUGACUUCCCAAUGAUGCAUCGACUUCUACGUGAAUCGAAUAGUCUUCUCAGUCAUCAGCGAAGACCGUCGUCAUGCAUUGACCUCACUUCUGAAUACGUGAACCAUAUGGCACCAGCUAUGACAGCAGGUAAUUUCCAUGUGCCACUCCAUCGAGGAGACUAUUUCCCCGAUUCAGCCGUUCACAAUUAUCCAUCACCAUACGUUAGGACAACGAACAUAGCGCCAAUAGCUUAUCCAUGGCGACCACCGGCACCAGCCGCAGUUAUGGAUCUGCCACCACCACCACCGUAUCCAGCUGGACGAAAAGCACCAAUGGUGAUGUGA